ACCAGUGUGAACAUUCAUUCAUUGAGUUCUUACUGUUUAUCCUUUUGACUCUUUUCUUCUCCAUUUAACCCAAAACCCCCAAUUUGUGAAGGAAGAUCCCAUACUGUUCCCCCUUUUGAUUCUUUUCUUCUCCCAUGUCAGUUUGUUUUCCCAAGAAGGAAUAUGAACCGAUUUUGUGAUGGAAGUUCAAUUUAUGCUUUGCUUAACUUGUUUUCAUCACUCAAUGAAUGAAUGCACUUUACGUGUUUGUAUUAAUGUUGUUCCUUACAUUUCCGCUAUUUUACUUUAUUCCAUCCUUCUUCUUUUUCUCCACCAUAUAUUUGUAUCUACAAAACAUAUACAUGAGUUGUAAGAAACCCAAAAAGAGAAAGGAGAACUUGAAUUGUAAUUAACACUAGCUACUGCUGUUUGGAGAAAGCCCAAGAUUGUUCACACCACUUCGCUCAAAGUUGGAAAUAAGAACUUGAACUGAAGUGAGCACUACACAUUGGAGAAACAAGAUUAAUUGUUCAUUCAACUUGAGCUUCCAUUGAAAGUGGUGAAAAUAAAAAUAAGAUGACGAGUUUUCUAAUUGAUUACGCGAAGAAAAAUGUGGAGAAAUCGUUAGAUGGAGUGCUGAAAGAACUACGUUAUAUAUGUUGUUUCACUUGCAUUGCUAAGGAAUUUGAAGAAGAAAAAACUUGGUUGGAAGCGGAAAGAACAACUGUUGGGCAACGUGUUAAAGUUGCAAAAAGAAGAGGAGAUGACGUUCAAGAUAAUGUUAUUUUUUGGGAAGAAGAAGCUGAUAAGAUCUUUCAAGAAGACACCAAAAUAAAUAAAAAAUGUUUUUUUGGAUUAUGUCCUGAUUGCAUAUGGCGAUAUAGAAAGGGAAAGGAAUUGGCAAAUAAGAAGGACCAAAUAAAAAAACUUAUGAAAACCGGAAAGGAACUUGAAAUUGGACUCCCUGCCCCUCUUCCAGAUGUUGACCGAUAUUCAUCCCGACACUAUAUUUCUUUUAAAAGUAGAGAAUCGAAAUGUAAAGAGCUUUUGGAUGCACUAAAAGAUGACAACAAUUAUAUAGUCGGUUUGCAAGGAAUGGGCGGCACUGGAAAGACUACAUUGGCCAAAGAAGUGGGUAAGAAACUUAAGCAAUCCAAACAAUUUACAUACAUUAUUGAUACAACAGUGUCAUUUUCUCCAAAUAUUAAAAAGAUUCAAGAUGAUAUUGCUGGACCCUUGGGAUUGACGUUUGAUGGAUGUAGUGAAUCAGACCGAUCCAAAAAACUUUGGAAAGGAUUAACCAGUGGUGAAAAAAUUCUUCUAAUAUUGGAUGAUGUUUGGGGAGAUAUUGAUUUUGAAGAAAUAGGGAUUCCCUAUAGUGACAAUCACAAUGGUUGUAGAAUUCUUGUAACCACACGCAAUGUGUUGGUAUGCAACAAAUUAGAAUGCAGUAAGACAAUCAGAUUGGAGUUCUUGUCUCAAGACGAUGCAUGGGAAAUGUUCAAACGACAUGCUAGUCUGACUGAAAUUUCAACUAAAAGUUUGCUCGACAAGGGUUUUAAAAUUGCAAAUGAAUGCCAAGGAUUACCAAUUGCAAUUGCUGUUAUCGCAAGUAGUUUGAAGGGAAAACAUCAGGUAGAAUGGGAUGUUGCCUUAAAAUCCUUGAAGAAGCAUGCACCGAUACACGAAAUUGAUGAUGAUUUGGUUAAAAUAUAUGAAUGCUUGAAGUUUAGCUAUGAUAAUAUGAAUGAUGGAAAGUCCAAAAGACUAUUCCUUUUAUGUUCUGUAUUUCCAGAAGAUGAAGAAAUUCCUACUGAAAGGUUGAUGAGACUUGGCAUAGGAGCAGGUCUUUUUGGGGAAAAUUAUCGCAACUACGAAGAUGCUCGAAGUCAAGUAGUUAUAUCAAAAAAAAAACUCCUAGAUUCUUGUUUAUUGUUGGAGGUCGAUCAAGAUAGAGUGAAAAUGCAUGACUUGGUUCGUGAUGCAGCCCAAUGGAUAGCAAAGAAAGAGAUUCAAACAAUAAAGUUGUAUGAUAAAAAACAAAAGGCAAUGGUUGAAAGGGAGAAGAAUAUUAAAUAUUUGUUUUGCAAAGGAAAGCUAAAGGAGGUGCUUUCCUGCAAGCUUGAUAGUUCAAAGCUCCAGAUUCUAAUUGUCAGUAUGGAUAUGGACGUAGAUUAUCGCAACCAUGAGAAAUUCGAAGUCCCAAAUUCAUUUUUUGAAAAUAUUAGUGGCCUUCGAGUGUUUCAUUUGUUGAUUAAUUACUUUGAUCCAGUAACUAUAUCAUUACCACAAUCAUUUCAAUCGUUGAAGAAUAUUCGCUCUCUACUUUUUCAGAAUGUUGAUUUGGGUGAUAUCUCUAUUUUGGAAAAUCUGCAAAGUCUUGAGACAUUUGAAUUGGAACUGUGUACAAUUAAUGAAUUGCCAGAAGGACUUGCAAAACUACAGAAUCUUAUUUUGUUGAAAUUGCUUGGUUGUAUAAUUAUAGAGAAUAAUCCAUUUAAAGUGAUUGAAGGAUGCUCCUCACUUGAAGAGUUGUAUUUCGUAGGCAGUUUUAAUGAUUAUUGCCGAGAAAUAUCCUUACCAAUGUUACAAAGAUUUAUAUUGGAUGAUGGUUGGAGGAUUGUGAAUGAUUCAGUAUCAAAAUGUGUAUCUCUUUUACAUCAUGAAAAUAAAUAUAUACUCUCCAAAAAACAACUCAAAGAGUAUAUACAAGUAGUAGAGGCUAUUGGACUAAGAGGAAUCUGGGGGGAAUGGGUAAAUAUCAUACCUGAAAUUGUUCCUAUGGAUCAUGGUAUGAAUGAUCUAGUCGAGCUUAGAUUGAGUUCCAUUUCACAACUUAAGUGUCUCAUUGACACUAAGCAUGAUAAUUCUCAAGUAACAACUGUCUUCUCCAAGUUAGUUGUACUAGAAUUGGAAGAAAUGGAAAGUUUGAGAGAAUUGUGCAACGGUCCCCUUUCCUUUGAUUCUCUAAAGAGUUUAGAGAAGCUGACCAUCAAGGGAUGCAAUCAAUUGCAAAGCUUAUUCACGUGCAGCCUAAACCUCUUCAAUUUAAAGAGCUUGUCAUUGAUACAAUGUCCGAUGUUGAUCUUCUCCCUAUUUCAACUGACCACGUCUCAUAGCCUAGUGUCAUUAGAAGAAUUGGAAAUAAUUGGCUGCAGGCAUCUUGAAUACAUAAUAAUAGAUGAACGAAAAGAGAAGGAAUCGAGAGGAGAAAAAGUUGUUGAUGAUGAGGAUAAUGAUCGCAAGAGGAGUCAAGACUCAAUAUUUCCAAAACUUAAGAAACUUAAUAUUCAUGAGUGUGAUGGAUUAAAAUUUAUAUUCCCAUUUCUCUCUAUUCAGGAUCUUCCGGAAUUAGAAUCUUUCCAGGUAUUUGGUUGUGAGAUGCUGCAAUGCAUAUUUGGCCACAAUUUAAUAAAUAAUUAUCUAAAAUGUGAUGUUACCACGUCUUCUCCCAUUUCUAGAAACGCUUCCAAACCAGAACAACAAUCAGAUCCUAUGAAAUGCAGUCCCUUUUCAUGGACCAAUAUAAGUUGCUUUGGUAAAAAGUACUUGCCCAAAUCAAUGACUAAUGCAAGGACUGAAAUCCCAUUGGUUUCUGAAGAUCAACAGCAGCACAUAGUAGGAGACACGGGAGAUCAUCACAGUGGUGGCAAUAAGUGGCACAAUGUCUUCCCAAAAUUAAAAGAAGUCAUGGUUUACAGUUGCAUGAAAUUAGAAUACAUAUUUGGACACUAUUCUGAUGCUCAUCAAAACCAUAAUGAGAUUCACCUUCAGCUUCCAGCAUUGCAACAUCUCUUUCUUAUGGAUCUGCCAGGUUUAGUCGCCAUGAAUCCUCAACAUUAUCACACAACAUUUCCACUUUUGAAAGAUCUUAAUGUUAGUAACUGCUUGCAAUUUGCUAUUGGUGAUCUCACAAUUCAUUCGGUUUCACAAUCUUUGGAUUCUACAAUGAAGAAGGAUCUACCUUCAAAGAUUACGAGCCUUUUGGUUGGUCCCAAAAAUUCAUUUUCCCUCAAUUACCUUACAUUGAUAAAUAUCAGGCAAUGUGAAAAAUUGGAAAUUGUGUUUUCAACUUCUAUAUUAAGAUGCCUACCAGAAUUGAUUAUUCUAAAGAUAGAAGAAUGCAAAGAGUUGAAGCAUAUUAUUGAAGAUGAUUUGGAAAAUGAAAAAUCCAUAACUUUUGAGUCUACAAACACAUACUUCCCAAAGCUAGAAAUACUUGUUGUGGUAAGCUGCAACAAAGUCAAAUGUGUCUUUCAGACCUCCAUAUAUACAGAGCUUCCAAAGCUAAAAGUUCUGAUAAUAACAGAAGCAUGUGAGCUGCGAGAAAUAUUCAAAACUGAAGGCGGUGAUCAGAAACUCAAGAUUCCAAAUCUGGAAGUUGUAGAAUUUAUCAAUCUUCCAAACCUCUACUACGCUCAGGGAACACACUUUCAGGAUGUAAAAUAUUGUUUUGUACAAGACUGUCAUAAACUUGCUCUGACUUCAGCAUCAAUAUCCGUAGACAUUGAUGACAUUUAUGAAAAUAUUAGUUUUGUUGACGCCAUAGAUAGUAGAUUAUAUGGCGAAUUAGAGAUUCUACUGGAUCCAUUAAUAAGCCAUUUCACCUGUAAUGAAUAUCCAAGUUCAGAAUCAGAAUCAGGAAGUACUUCAUCACAGCCACAGUUGGAUGGUUCUACUACACCAGAAAAAACUUUAGCAACAAAUUCGUCUACCAUUUCAGAAACAAAGAAGGAGCCACCAAUACAAUUAUCUGAUCGUAAACAAAAGGGUGUCGAGAUAAGUGAUGAAGAAGGAAUUACAUCAACUAACGUUAAGUCUUUAACAUCCUCAACUCAUUCAAAAACAAAUAGUUCAUCAUCAGAUCCAUUAAUUACUUCUGAAUUAAAACCAUCUCCACAGAAAGACGGUGAUUGCCAAAUAGCCACAACCUCUUUGUCCAUUGGCACGACGGAGACCAAUGAUGAAGGUGACCCUUCUCAAAAAGUAGAGGAGUUAAGUUCUUCUUUGCCUAUCACAAAGGAGCUUGAGCAACUAGUCUCGAAGAAGCAUCUGGAUUAUGAGAAUUUGUCUUUGUUGACAGAUUUCCUUGUUAAGCAUUCUUCAAUUCUUUUAAGGGAUGCUUCACUAAGUAGCAGAUACAAGGGUUAUGCUUACAACUGUCUAGCAGAGCUAUUGAAAUUCCUCCAAACUCAUAGUGUGUUGGAUGUGUUAGGUUCAAAACACUCUGAGUUUGUUGAGUUAUUACAAGAUGUGCGCAAAUUCGGUUUUGACAAGGAAUGGUUGGAUGGUGUUGAAAGGCGUGUUUUGUUUCCUGAUAAUAAAGUCUCUCAAGAUACAUUACAAAAGUCAUUAGAUUCCAAGCAACAAGCGGUCGCCAAGGAGGUUGAAGUGUUGCGUUUAAAGAUAGCUAUUUUAAGUCAAUGUACGGAAGAUCUUAAGCAUCAGUUGACAUCGUCUGAAGCUGUUUUGGAGAGUAUCAUUCAACAGAAGACAGUAUUAAGCGCUCCUAUUGGCUAUUAGACUAUAUUUUCAUUUACUUCUAUUCCUUCAUUUCUAAUUUGCUAUUGUUUUCAAUGUGGGAGUUGUUCAUGGGUGUAAGAUUUCGUCAUUUCUCGUAUGAACUGAACUUAUUACGGUUGUGUAUUUAAAACUAAUGUUGUUUGAUAACUAUUGUUAGAAUGAACUUGUGCAUUAUAGCUGAAAUUUCAUGUUGGAAUAUCUUGUUAAAAGAUGAUGUUUUCAAGAGGAUACUUGUAUUUACUGCUUGCAAAGCUGUAGAACAUUAUUGGGUUAUUUCUAAUAUCAUUUGCAGUGGUAGAACAUUGUAACACCUCGUAUUCUCCGCUCAUUUAAAUUGCUCGAAAUUACGGAUAUGUUGAAAUUAUGUCUUACCGAUUAAAUAAUCAUUUAGUAAGGAGUUAGGAGCUUCAAGUGUAGGGAAUCAGAGACAAGAAUCAACGUGGGUUUUCCCUCCGCUUAGGUUCUGCUUCCACUGUAUAUUGGGUUAAUAGUAAUUCACCCCUGUAAUGUUAGCCUGUAAUGUUAGCGAAUUUUGCUUUUCUUCCUCCCUACCUUUUGGCAACCGUUUUUUCAAAAAAACCGUUGCCAAAACCUGCCUUUGACAACGGUGGAGGUAAAUCAAAAUACGCUCAUAUUACAGGGGUAAACUACUAUUAACCCUUGUAUAUUUAGUGAGAUU